AUGAUAGCAUGCACUCAAAAGUUCAUCACCUUCCGCGCAAGAAUGGUGACAAGUGUCGGCGGGACAGAACCUUACCACCCCGUUGCCACGAGCCUAUUAGACAAUGAUCUUCCUUCCAGACAGGGAGACAGUGAGGAGACGCAGGUUAGCAUUGAGUCAGACGGUGAGCAGGCACAUGAACAAUUAAGAGAGCAUCUUACAAGGCGUAAAAAAAAUCCUUUCAUUCUCCCCCAAAUGAGACCUGGAGUGGAGGAGGAGGAGGAGCCAGCAGCCAGCAAUAAUGUACUGGAGGAAAAGAAUAAUAAUCACCGAAGUUUCACCGAUCCUAGGCAGGAGCUACCGGAUAAUAUGGACAUUAACUAUUUUCAGAAUGGCCACGAUCCGGGGAAGACGCUGAGAGCUGAGGGAAGUUACCAUAAAACCUGUGGAACUAGGUAA